AUGGCAUUAUCGCUUCUGACAACAGAUGAAAAAAACUUCAUUCACCUCAGUAUAGCGACGCUAGAGGAAAUACCGCGUAUUUUUAGAAUACUUUUAGAGAGUCAGAUUCAGCCACAUAAUUUACCCGCAGCAGUGCAAUCGUGUGCUACUUUAAAACUUCGAAAAGAUCAAAGCGAUGAUGCGAUACCAACACCUCCAAAUAUACCAAAUUACGAACGUUUUGACGUUACUUUGCUUUACACUCUUCUUCGAAACCUCUGUCCCAAGGCAUUCAAACCAAGUAAAGGAUGGGGAUCUGAACCAACAAACAAUGAACUUCGUCUUGGGGAUGAUAUUGAGAGGCUGAGAAUUUUUCGUAACAACUCUUUCGCACAUUUGAAAAAACCAUGCAUACCUGAUUCCGAUUUUAAGACGCAAUGGACAUCGCUUGAAAACAUCUGUCAAAGAAUGGAAAAAAACAUGAAAAAAUACUCUUGUAGAACUCCUUAUCUGAAUGGCCUCAACGAUAUUUUGAAAAGAGAAUUGGGAGGAGAUUGUUUAUUAUAUUAUCAGUUUUUACUGGAGAUAAGAAAUCAAAUUACUGAACUAUCUGAAGAAUUUAAAGCAGUCCUAGAAAUAUGUGGUCCUACAGAAGUAUGGUACGGGACAGAUGCAGAAAUGGAAAUUGCUUCUGAAUGUGAAUCAAACAAUAUCAUUUAUUGGAGGAAGAAAGUAGGUGCAAUCGUGCAUGAAAUCAAUAGGACAACUGAAAAGUAUCAAGGCAGUUCAAAUAAGAAGCUUAUUAUUCGAAAGGUCACACGUGAAGAUGAGGGAGAAUACCAAGCCACAAUGCAAACAAAAUCGUGUCACAUAUGUAUCCAAUCCGAUCAAAUCGAUUUGAAAGUUUUAGGGAACAUUCCAUGUGUGAUUUUGUCGGGAGCUGAAAGUGUUUGUUUUGGAAACCUAUCAGAAAUCUCUGCAGCAAUUAAAUCGGACCUCCCCAUUCUUGAAAUGAAUUGGGGGAAACUUGUUGAUGACCAGUUUGUGGAUUUUGAUGUGCACAUUCCAAAAUAUAAAGGAAGUUUUUUGGAAGACCAGACAUCGAAGCUUGUGAUCAAUGAUGCCAAUUUCGAAGACGAAAGUAUUUAUUGCCUUGCUGUUAGAAACGUUGUUGGGGAGGGUUGGAGUAACCCUUUUGUUUUCGAGUAA